AAAUGAUUUCCGUGUUUUGUAAAAAUCUUUUGCACAGACACAGCAGUAGUGGAGUAUGUCUGAAUUGCUUGGGAGCCAUACAAAAAACAACACAGCAACCAAACGCAGGGUUUUCGACGACCAACCCGCUGUUCGCUGUACCGGGAGAUAUUAUUUCGGGAAAUAUGAUCAAAGGAAUCGACCAUUUGAGAGAUCCUCGACUAAACAAGGGUCUGGCAUUUACUUUGGCGGAACGUCAGGCAUUUGGCAUACACGGCCUCUUGUCAAGCGAAUUCAGAACUUUAGAGCAACAGUUGGCGAUUUGUCGUUUGUCAGUUGACAGAUAUCGAAGCUUUUUAAACAAAUAUCUUUAUUUAACUGAGCUGCAGGACACAAAUGAAACGUUGUUUUACAGUCUGCUGAACGAAGAUAUACAAAAGUAUCUGCCAUUGAUAAAUUCUCCAACUAUAGGGCUAGCUUGUAUGCGAUUUGGUCUCGUUUAUAAGAGUGCACGAGGUCUUUUCAUAUCUAUGCAUGACAAAGGGCACGUGGAAGAUGUAAUGAGGAACUGGCCAGAACGUGAUGUUCGCGCUGUUGUGGUAACUGAUGGAGAGAGGGUGUUGGGUCUUGGUGACCUGGGGGCUCACGGCAUGGGCAUCCCUCAGGGCAAGAUAACAUUGAUGACAGCCCUCGCUGGCAUCAAACCGCAUCAGUGCUUACCAGUCUGUUUGGAUUGUGGGACCAAUAACCAGGGUCUGCUAGAAGACCCGCUGUACGUUGGCAUACGAGAGACACGUUUCGCCCGGAUUCAUUAUGAUGAGCUUGUUAGCGAGUUUAUGGCGAGCUGCAAAAAAUUAUAUGGACCUAAUACAGUCAUUAUGAUGGAAGAUUUUGGCCUUACGAAUGCCCAUCGCCUCCUCAAUAGAUACCGCGAUGAUUAUUGCGUAUUCAAUGAUGAUGUCCAAGCAACGGCCGCCGCCGUGGUCGCUGGUCUUAUGGUAGCUUGCAAUAGGAUCACCAAACAGAAACUGAAGGAUAACACGUAUCUGUUCCUUGGAGCUGGCUCUACGGGAGUCGGCAUCGCAAAUUUACUCUGCGAUGCAAUGAUGGAAGAAGGUAUCUCGAGUGAUGAAGCGAGGAGCCGAUGUUUCAUGUUCGACGUCGAUGGGCUACUCACUAGAAAACGGACCAGAACUAUUCCACAUCACGCGACAGACUAUAUAAGGGAUUUGGAGGCAGAGAAUGACUUCGAGAAAUGCGUCAAAAAGUUUAAAGCCACUUGUCUUAUUGGUACUUCAACAGCCGGCAAUUCGUUUACUCCAGCGGUUUUAAGGGAAGUUGGUAUGAACACGGAGCGACCUUUGAUCUUUUCACUGUCAAACCCAACUCGCCAGUCCGAGUGCACACCCCAGGAGGCGUACGUACACACAGAAGGUCGCUGUAUCUACGCUUCUGGGUCACCAUUUCCUCCAGUAGUGUACAAAGGUGUGGAGUACAGCACUGGUCUAGCGAACAACUACUACGUCUAUCCAGGAGUGACUCUUGGAGUGAUCGCUGCGAAAGCGAUCCGUGUAACGGAUUCCAUGUUUUUAAGUGCGGCAAAGACCCUAGCAAAGCAAGUUACCGAUGAGGACAUAAAAACUGGACGCAUUUAUCCGCAUGUCGAUAAUAUUAAAAGUAUAUCUCUCGCGAUUGCUUGUGAAAUUGUUGCAUUAGCACAUGAUUUACAAUUAACAUAUUACGCACCAAAACCUAAAAACAUUGAAGAACAUGUAAGAGAGAACCUUUAUGAAUGCAACUACAGUUCCAAUUUCCCGAAAUUCUAUGAAUACCCUGAGCAGCAAACUGUCAUUAAACUCAAAAAUAUUGAAGUUCUACACAAGGGACUGCUACCAAAUAGAAGGAAACCGAGACCAACCAGUGAACCACCGAGAUUUGUUCUAACGUAACUUGAAAAUGUACAAAUUUAAAGACAUUUUAUUGGAAUCAAUUUCGGUUUGAAGUCUUUUUGGUCUAAUUCUACUGAUUCAAGAGCAGCAUGAUGCAAUUGAAAUUUGAAUGGAAUUCAAUUAAAUUAUUCGAUGUGAUGUGAACAAGAAGUCAAGAAGCUAAAUUGUGCUGACGUUAUACGAUAUAUAUAUAUAUAUAUAAUAAUUUUUGACAGCAUGAUUGUUUAGCAUGUUGAUUGAUUAUGAUAAUUAACCGUGUUAAAUUCUAGUCUUAUUAUGUUUAUUUUUGUUUAUUACAUACAAGUCUUUACAAUGAUA